AUGAAUAUUGCAGAGAUAGUAUACUGCCCUGCCAUAUUUGCCGUCAAGAUGGCCAUCCUCGUCCAGUACCUCAAGAUGUUUGCGCCAAACCGCACGGUCAAUCCCACCAUGUUCUUUGGCGCAUGGACUAUGAUCCUCGCAUGCUUCAUCUUCUACACCAUCGUAAUGUUCUGGACGAUCUUCUACUGUUCUCCGCGGCCCAUGAUUUGGAACAAAUUUACUCCUGGCGGGCAUUGUCAUGAUCAUAGCCCGAUUGUGAUCAGCUCAGGGAUAUUCAAUAUGGUUUCCGACGUUAUCAUUCUGCUUCUUCCAACCUCCUCUCUCUGGAAGCUACGGGUGCCGAUCGGAAAGAAAAUCUCAGUCUCCCUGCUUUUCGGGACGGGCCUAUUGGCUUGCGGUGCUUCGGUUAUGCGAAUCUUUUUCACCGUUAAGAUUGCACCUAAGCUUUCGGAGGCUGACGUGUCCCUAAAUGGUCUAUGGAUUGGGCUUUGGUCAGAGGCCGAGAUUGCACUUGGUUUCAUCGUCGCAUGUGCGCUCACUCUACCCAAACUGCUUCAAGCGAAACAGAAGCAGAUUACCGCAGCAUUUACUUUCCUUUCGAUGCCCUUAUCCACCAUAUCGACUUUCCUCGGCUCGGAAAAGAGCACGUCAACGAAGAGCUCCGCCAGUACAAACGAUCUCCAAGUAUUGGGUGCAAGAUUGGAGCAGCCCAGUCGUGGAGAAGAGGAACUGUAUGUUCUGAGGAGCCUUGAGGUUGAGUCAUUUCAAAAGUCAAAGUCAAAAGAGCGGGAUCAUCAUAGCUAA